GAUUCUCCUGCUCCCUCUUGCUGCUGCUCUGUAGGGGCUGCAGGGGUCUCCUCUCUGCCCAGAUUUGAGGUAGGGCUUUUAGGCAAGGAGGAAAUUAUCUGAUCGAGGGAGGGAAUUUUUUGAAGGGGUUUAGCUAUAUCUAUAGUAUUUUGCGAGGGGGGAGGGAGUGUUUGGUUACUGACCAUGGGGAAGGACCAGGAACUGCUGGAAGCUGCUCGCACUGGGAAUGUGGCUCUCGUGGAAAAACUCCUGUCGGGGAGGAAAGGAGGGAUCCUGGGCAGUGGAUCUGGAGCUAUUCCCCUAUCCAGCUUACUGAGCAUCUGGCGAGGCCCAAAUAUAAACUGCACAGACAGUUCGGGUUACACUGCUUUACACCACGCAGCUUUAAAUGGACACAAGGAUAUAGUUCUCAAAUUACUUCAGUAUGAAGCAUCAACUAAUGUGGCAGAUAACAAAGGUUAUUUUCCUAUACACUUGGCUGCUUGGAAAGGAGAUGUAGAUAUUGUGAAGAUUCUCAUCCAUCAUGGGCCAUCACACUCCAGAGUGAAUGAACAGAACAAUGAAAAUGAAACGGCUUUGCACUGUGCAGCUCAAUAUGGACAUUCAGAAGUAGUUGCUGUUUUACUGGAAGAACUAACAGACCCUACAAUAAGAAACAACAAAUUAGAAACUCCUUUGGAUCUGGCAGCACUAUAUGGGCGUCUGCAGGUAGUGAAGAUGAUCAUCAAUGCAUAUCCAAACCUGAUGAGCUGCAAUACUAGGAAACACACACCUUUGCAUCUUGCUGCACGUAAUGGCCACAAAGCUGUUGUACAGGUGCUACUAGAGGCUGGAAUGGAUGUCAGCUGCCAAACAGAAAAGGGGAGUGCACUUCAUGAAGCAGCCUUAUUUGGAAAGGUGGAUGUAGUACGCAUUUUGCUAGAAACAGGAAUUGAUGCCAACAUAAAGGACAGUUUAGGUAGAACUGUUUUAGAUAUCCUUAAAGAACAUCCAUCUCAGCAGUCACUACAAAUUGCUACACUACUUCAAGGUGAAGCGGUGACUGGAGAGUUAUCAAAGCUCUUAGAUGAAAUCAAACUGUGCCAAGAAAAAGAAUAUUCUUUUGAAGAUCUGUGUCAUACAAUAUCAGACCACUAUCUGGACAAUUUUAGUAAGAUAUCAGAAGAAGAAUUUAUGAGCAAUGGAAUCCAAACUAAACUUAUAAGGCCUUCAUCAACAAACCUCACACAAGGGGAGGAGGAAGAGGAAGAUGCCCGGGAAAACAGUUGUGGUCCUGCAGGUUUAUGGGAGGCACUAACACCCUGCAAUGGAUGUAGGAACCUUGGAUUCCCCAUUCUUGCACAGGAGUCUUACCGAAAGAAAAGGAGCUAUACACUGGAAGUAGUACCUUCUGCGUCUUUUGAUGCUCAUCCUUCAGAAAAUGAAAACAACCUUUGUGAUUUCAUGGACAUAGCAGUUACGAAGAAACCUUGUUCGUUAGAAAUAGCAAGAGUACCUUCCUCAAGGACAGCAGUACAACUUCAACAGGAGAGAUGGAGGGCGCCCCACACCCCAGAUAAUGCACCUCAGGUAGCAAUUACUGCACCAGGAACUGGUAACCAUAGAAACAGCUCUACAGGCCCAACACCUGACUGCUCUCCUCCAUCACCAGACACUGCACUUAAAAAUAUAGUAAAAGUUAUACGCCCUCAGCCCAAACAGAGAACAUCAAUAGUAUCUUCUCUGGAAUUUCACCGACUAAAUCACAGCCAUGAUUAUUUUGAAAUCAACUCAUCCAUUGGAUAUGCAAGCUUUACUUCCAGUCCUUCAAUCAGUCCAGCUAAUUUUUCCAUUGGAUCAAUUGAAGAGAAUGAACUUUCAGAGAAUCUUUGUCAGCAAGAAACAUUCACUGAAAACAAGCUUCCCAAAGGACACCCCGCUGAGCAAUUUGCUGGUCUACUUCAUGGGUCUUCACCUGCAUGUGAUCCACCUGAAAAUCCACUUCAACUGUAUAAUAAAGCAAACCAUUGCAGCGAUCCACAGGAAAGCAGUUUAAACAAGAACACAGUACAACAGAGACAGCUACAGCAGGAAAACAACCCUGAUCCUCCAGCUAAGAAAAAAAAACCACAAGUUGUAAACAGAACUAUAUUUCAUACUAAAAUUAAUCCAUUAGAAAAUCAUACAUUGGUUGGCACAAAAACAAGAAUAGGCGAGCAAUGGAUUAUUACUACUGGGGGAUUUGUGGAGCGAGCGUGCACACUUGGGAGGAUUCGAUCUUUGCCAAAGACGCUGCUUGAAAUGCAUUUAUCCAAAAAUGUUUCAAAGUCUGACUCUAAUCUCAUCUCCUAUCCACCUAAUGGAAAAAAAGCAAGAAGCAACUGGAGUGAACCCACACCAAGCCAACAAAAUUCUAAAGGAAAUUCUGAAAGAACACCAUCCUUCACUUCAGAAUGGGAAGAAAUUGAUAAAAUAAUGAGUUCCAUAGAUGCUGGAAUUAACACUGGGCUAGAGGAGAUGAAUGAUGAUACUGCAGGACCCAGAUGCCCUGUCCAGACAGUGGGACAAUGGUUGGAAAAUAUUGGGCUACCUCAGUAUGAGAACCACUUGCUGGCUAAUGGAUUUGACAAUGUGCAAUUUAUGGGAAGCAAUGUAAUGGAGGAUCAGGAUCUGUUGGAAAUAGGAAUACUUAACUCUGGACACCGGCAAAGAAUUCUACAGGCAAUCCAGCUCCUUCCAAAGAUGAAGCAGAUUGGUAAUGAUGGCUACAACCCAACCUCUGUGGCAGAGUGGCUGGACUCCAUUGAACUGGGUGACUAUACCAAAUCCUUUCUGAUUAAUGGCUAUACAUCGAUGGACCUUGUGAAAAAAAUCUGGGAGAGUGAAUUAGUUAAUGUUUUAAAAAUCAGCUUGGUUGGCCACAGGAAACGUAUUUUGGCAUCUCUGGGAGACAGGCUUCACGAAGACCCUCCUCAGAAACCACCUAGGUCAAUAACCCUCAGGGAACCCAGCGGUAACCAUACUCCUCCUCAGUUGUCUCCCUCACUUAGCCAAAGCACUUACACUACUGGUGGCUCCCUAGACGUUCCUCACAUUAUCAUGCAGGGGGAUGCGAGGAGAAGAAGAAAUGAAAGCUAUUUUGAAGAUAUUCCCCGGUCAAAACUGGAGAGGCAGAUGGCACAGCAGUCCUCUGUCUGUGAGAUAUGGACCAACCAGAAUGCAGGAUUUCCUUUCUCAUCGAUGCAUCAGGUUCAUAAUACAGGAGACUGGGGAGAACCUUCAAUUACUUUACGACCGCCUAACGAAGCGACAGCAUCAACUCCAGUACAGUACUGGCAACAUCACCCAGAGAAACUCAUCUUCCAGUCAUGUGAUUAUAAAGCAUUUUAUUUAGGUUCUAUGCUAGUAAAAGAGCUUAGAGGCACAGAAUCAACACAGGAUGCCUGUGCAAAGAUGAGGAAGUCUACAGAGCAAAUGAAGAAAGUCCCUACUAUUGUUCUAUCAGUUUCUUACAAGGGAGUCAAAUUUAUUGAUGCAACAAAUAAGAAUAUUAUUGCUGAACAUGAAAUCCGCAACAUUUCCUGUGCUGCACAAGACCCUGAAGACCUCUCGACGUUUGCAUACAUCACUAAAGACUUGAAGACUAAUCACCACUACUGCCAUGUAUUUACUGCAUUUGACGUGAAUUUAGCCUAUGAAAUAAUUCUAACACUUGGACAGGCAUUCGAGGUAGCCUACCAGCUCGCACUACAAGCACGAAAAGGAGGCCAUUCUUCAACCCUCCCAGAAAGCUUUGAAAAUAAACCCACCAAACCAAUUCCAAAACCACGUGUUAGUAUUCGAAAGUCUGUGCAGAUAGAUCCAUCUGAACAAAAGACUCUUGCCAAUCUACCGUGGAUUGUAGAACCUGGACAAGAAGCCAAAAGAGGAAUUAAUACCAAGUAUGAAACUACAAUUUUCUGAUACAAAACUGUCCUCUGGUUCUUGUUGUGCCUUGCACUCCAAGUAGUCACAGCACAGCCUUUCCUUUACGGCAACGUUUCAAUCCAGUAGAGAGGAAGACUGCACUGUAAGAGUGGCCUUGUAACUAACAAAAAAAAGGCUGGUAAUCAUUUCUUCCUGCAGCACUGACAGGAGAAUGACACUAUAUGAAGACUUUUAAAUUACAGUCUGCAAGGAGAGUGAGGAAAUAUUUUUCAAGCAGUCCUCUUGUGACUCUGCCACAGUGCUUUCUUUGAUUUCUUAUUUUAGGAUUCUACUUUUUAAAAAGUUCUCUAAACUAACAUUAAUGCUGCCUAUGAGUAUGAGAUUUGGUUGGUUAUUUAAAUCUUGGCAGGUUUUAAUUGAAAUAGAAUUAUUAAAUACAAUAUUUAUGACACCCCUGAAUGCCUAAGAAUUAAUUACUCUUUAUAGUAUUAAAAAUAAUAAUAAAAUAACAAGAAAUUAGUUACCCCAAUUUCUGUGUGUGCCGGUUUUAUAUGUAAUCAUUAGUGUCCUUUGAGCCUCUUUAAAAAAUAACCUAUCACAGUGUGACAAAGGAUGAGAAUUUUAUGAUUAGUUAAAAAGAGGAAUUAAUAAUGCACAGAAACUGUGUCUUGUAUUAGAUAUUUUUAUGGAAGAGAAUACUAUGGGAGAACGUAGAAAUAUUUAUGGGAGAUGAAGUCAGAUUAACUAUGAAAGAUUUUGUUUAUUUUAAGGUUGACUAAACAAUUGCUACUGUACCUUGAGCAAAAUAUCAAUGGUGGAUUCACUAGUUGCUUCAUCUGAUGGGAAUAGAAUAGAAGCAAACUAGUCAUUGCACUACACACACAACAAUUUAUACAGUUUAAUGUUGCUAUAAGUCAUGAAUUCUACUAGUAUUUUUAAAAAUCUCAACAGCGGUUCUAGAGAACAUAAUCAAAACUACAGAUUUUGCUAUCAAGGUUUCUGUCAAAGAAAGCUUGUUUGAAAGAAGUUCUUCUGCAGACAUUUUUCUAAAUAAAGAAAGAAAGAGAAAAAAAUUCCAAAGUAAUAAAUCUGUUUUCAUGAAACAAAAAUGGUUAAGCAUUUGCUUGAUUAAAUGAAAUUUACUUACAUUUUCUUUAAAGUGUUUUAAUUUUUUUAAUGUCUGUGGAGUAUUUGUAUAAUACCAUAAUGUAUAUUUAUGUAGAACUGAAUUAUAACGGUGCAAAUAUCAUUAUAGGAGAAAAAUGACAUUUUAAUGUAUAUUGUUCUAUCCAGUCAAAUUGUGAAUCAUUUUGAAGUUCAUUAUAGCGAUAUUGAUAAAUUGUGUGGUUGUCUUAAUGUUUUUUUAUUAUUAUUAUUAUUAUUUCAUAUCUAACUGAGCUUUUCAAUUACAAUCAUCAAUUGGUGAAUUCCAAAAAUGGAUAACUGGACUUGGUUUAAAAUUGAUAAUUGUAUAUGGUUUAAUUAAGCCUAUAGCUCUGAGUAAUGAAAGCCUUUUAAUACAGUAUUCAAUUUACUUGAACAAAUAGUUCCUUGUACAUAUUUUGCUUAUUCACUGUUGAUAUGUAUGUAGUAAAUUGACAGUAAAAAUAACUGAAAAAUAUGGUACCAAAAGGAAAAUUGUAUAGGAACAAAGUAAAUAAUAGCCUCACUGCAACAAAUACUUAGAUGUAAAUAUGCUUGGGCUUCCAGUUAUAAAUUUUGUAAUUUUGUCAUUUAUUUAUAUCCUAUAAAAGCACACAAAAUAAAAUGAAGUUGUACAGU